CAUUGCGGGCACAGGCUGAGUUUCCAACAAAAAAACCGAACAAAAAUAGCAUAAUUUUUCAUAUUUAUUUUCACUCGAUUAGUAUUUCUAGAUUUCUCUAAUGGAUAUGAUUUUAUAAUGAUCUUUGUGUACUUGGUAAUUGAGGUAUGAGUGAAGAAAUGGCAUCGAGAAUGGAUGAUUCUGUAGCUGCCUCUAAAUCUCGUCCAUCAAAUGUUUUGGAAUGCCGAGUUUGUGAAGACAUUUUCCAACUCCAAGGAGAUAAAGUUCCAAGGCUUCUUAUCUGUGGCCACACCGUUUGUCAUGACUGUCUCACACGACUGCCUGUCCAUGGACGGACAUUACAGUGUCCAUUUGACAGACAGGCUACUGUACUAAGCGACUCUGGUGUAUGGGGACUUAAGAAGAAUUUCGCUUUAAUCGAGCUGUUGGAAAAGUUACAAGUAUCAACUGCUCCAUCAAAGGUGUCUGAGGAGGAACUGAAGGAUGGCUGUGUCAGGUGUGAUGAGAAUGAGGAUCACAGAGCAAGUGUUUAUUGUACUGUGUGUUGUACAGAUCUAUGCUCAUUGUGUUCAGAGAGUAUUCAUUCUACCAAGACAUUAACAAGACACAAAAGAAUACCAUUAUCAGAGAAACCAAAGGAGAAACCCAAAUGCCCUCUUCAUUCUACUCAUGUUAUUGAGUUCACAUGUCUGGAAGAGGAUUGCAGAGAGAGUUCUUUGAUGUGCUUUGUUUGCAAAGAUUAUGGAAGGCACCAGAAUCACAAGCAUGCAUUACUAGAGACAGAAGCCGAGAACAUGAGGUCGUCAGUCACUAAUGCUAUUCAGCAUGUCAGGACAUUUACAACUGAAGUCACCGAAGCAUCCAAGAAGCUUGCUUCAGUAAUUGAAACCAUCGAAGGAGGUGCUGUUAUACAAGAAGACGAUCAAGGAGAUCUGGUCCAACAGCACAAUCAAGGCACAGCAGAAGAAGCUCGAGCAAGGGUACGGUCAUUCUUUGAUGAUCUGCGUGAAACAGUCAACCGACAAGAAGAAGCAGGACUGGCCGUUGUAGACAACUACGUCAGAGAGAAGCUCUUCUCUUUACGACAACAGCAGGAAGACAUGGCUGUGUUAAUAGCUCAAGUGAACUCAGUUUGUUUAGAAUGUGAAAAAUCCCUGCAGAGAACCGACGCAGAGGUCAUUCAAGCUCGAAAUAACGUCCACAGUCUACUAGAAACUGUCCAAGAGCAACAACAACAGUUCAUCGACAUCGCGCAGCUAUGUAACGCAGAUUCUGGGAUACCUGUGGCCUUUACGAAGGACAACAGGGUUCAUAUCGGUCCCAAGAUGGAAAUGAGAGCUGUAGCUCUUGGACUGGAUGGAGCUGGAAAAACAUCGAUAUUAUUUAAGCUAAAACAAGAUGAGUUUGUGUCGCCCAUAACUACUAUUGGAUUCAAUGUCGAGUCGGUAGAACACAAAAGUCUUAAGUUCACUAUUUGGGAUGUCGGAGGCUUACAGAAACUGCGUCCAUUGUGGAGGCAUUAUUACCUGAAUACACAAGCGGUGAUCUUCGUGAUUGACAGCAGCAACGUUGAGCGGUUAUCAGAGUCUCAAGAUGAACUGUCCAAACUUAUGGCAGAAAAACGCCUACGAGAUGCGCUGUUACUGAUCCUGGCCAACAAACAGGACCUGCCUUCAUCCCUGAGUGUCGAAGUUCUUACAGAACGACUCUCUUUACACAAAAUAUGCUGCGGUCGAAGCUGGACCAUCAUGCCUUGCAGCGCGCAUUCGUUAAGUGGAUUGCACGAAGGAUUAGAUUGGUUGGCAAGACAGAUGAUGGCGGAGUUUGCGCAGUAAGCUCAUUUGGUUGACAUGGUAACUAAUGACCAAGUUUGUACAGUAGAUUGAAAUGGUUGACAUGGCAACUGAUGUCGAAUUUGCGCAGUAGAUCAAAAUGGUUGGCAUGGCAAGUGAUGGCCGAGUUUGCGCAGUAGAUCAAAAUGGUUGGCAUAGCAACUGAUGGCUGAUUUUGCGCAGUAGAUCGAAAUGACAUGGUAAUUGAUGGCCGAGUUUGUACAGUAGGGUGAAUCGAUGUUAAUUUAAUGACUUUGCUCAAGCUAUGCCCCAGACAAGCUUGUAGAAACUGUAUGUAUGACUUGUUAGUAAUGCGGUUUUGUUUUUGAUUUUUGUUGUGAUAGGUUGUAAUUUAUUCAAAUAAAUAAAUAGAGUAUUUUGCCUCAUGGGACUGA